AUGGGUUCGACUAAUGCGGAAGUAGAGCAGAAGGUUCUCGCUGAGAUCCCUGCAGUUGGUGACGAGGAAAAUGUGAACAGCUCGGGAACUGCGACACCUGUCGAAAAACCCCAGGAUGAGCUCACAUUCGAUCAGGGCUUAACAGGAUGGCUCCAGGUUCUCGGUUCAUUCUUUCUCUUUUUCAAUUCAUGGGGCGUCAUUAACACAUGGGGUGCAUAUCAAACAUACUAUGAGUCGAAUUUGUUGUCAGGAACCUCCUCAUCCACUAUCGCCUGGAUUGGAUCUCUUCAGUCCUUCCUUUUGAUGCUCAUCGGAGUCGUUACCGGUCCAUUGUUCGAUGCUGGCUAUUUCCGCCAUAUGAUUUUAUUCGCCAACUUCAUGCUGCCAUUCGGUCUGAUGAUGACUAGUCUUGCCACUAACUACUGGCAACUCAUUCUCGCGCAGGGUGUCUGUGUUGGUCUCGCUGCUGGCUGUCUUUUCGUGCCGUCGGUGGCCAUCUUGCCCCAAUAUUUCCGACAGAAGAGAGGUCUCGCUAAUGGCCUGGCCGCCAGCGGUAGCAGCAUUGGCGGUGUGAUCUACCCUAUCAUGUUUGAUCAGCUGCAGAAGAAAGUCGGUUUUGCUUGGGCUACUCGAGCAAUUGGCUUCUUAUGCUUUGCUACCAUCCUCAUUUCGGUUGCCACAAUGCGAAUUCGCAUCCCUCCCAAGGACAAGCGCAAGCUCUACCAGCUCUCCGCAUUCAAGGAGCCAGCAUACUGCAUUUUCAUUGCUGCUAUGUUUAUGGGCUUCCUCGGUUUCUAUAAUUUCCUUUUCUACAUUCAGUCAUAUGCCAUUGAUACGGGCAUUGUGGAUGCUAAUCUUGGGUUCUACCUACUUUCCAUGCUCAAUGCGGCUUCAACUUUUGGCCGUAUUGGACCGAACUUCAUUGCCGAUCAUACUGGCCCACUUAACAUGCUUACCCCAGCGGUUACCAUCACAUCGAUUCUGGCAUUUGUAUGGAUUUGUGUUCACACUGUUCCCGGAAUCAUCAUCUUAUCCGUUUUCUACGGUUUCUUCUCCGGUGGAUUUGUGUCAAUGCCACCUGUUGUCAUGGCUUACAUGACUCCCGAUGUGCGUGAUCUCGGUACUCGUCUAGGCCAAGUCUUUGCAGUUACCUCGAUUGGCCUGUUGAUUGGUACUCCCAUUGGUGGUGCUAUCCUCAGCUCAACCGGUAGCUAUCUCGGUGUGCAGCUUUUCACUGCGUGCUGUCUGAUUGUAUCAGCGGUGCUUUUUGCUUCCGUCAGAUUUGUUCGGACAGGCCCUGUCCUGAUUGCUAAGACUUGA